AUGGCCGCGUCAAGCAAAGAAUCAAAAUAUCGCAUCAAGGUGACAGCGGGACCAGACUACGACCCCGCCACGCACCAGAACGUCCAUGUCAACGGUGACACCCUACGGAUCGAUAACGACCGCGUCACUCUAGACCUCGCCAUCCGCAUCCAAGACUACAAAGGCUACCCCGAGAACUCCCCAACAACAAACCCCUACUUCGAAGACCCGCUCCACACAAACGAUCAAUACUCCAUCUCCAUCUCAUUCACUCCAAAAGAAGAUAUCAACGGCAAUGAUCUUGUAUUCGGUAAUGACUUUGACAAACCUCUGCGCGAUCGUUUACCGAUGGGGUUCAACGCGGCCCUACGGCUCGUGAAAUGGACACUAGACCCCUCCAUCGACGGCGAUGCCUAUGCCGAUAAGCCGUAUUUGUACAGUCCUGCCCUAGCCACCUGGAACCAGUUCCGAAUCGGAGACAAGGGGCAUCGGGAUGUGAAAGGGGACUACGUGGUGAAGGAAGGUGCUGAUGCGACGGGCGAAGAGGUUCGAAGCCAGCUUCAGAUUCCUGAAACACCCGAUGGGCGACGCAAGCAUUUCCAGACGGAGGCGAAUCGCCAGGCGUUUGUGUUUGAGAAGGGGAGGUCUUACUUGGCUGAUUUUGGCAAUCAGUAUCUGUGUUUCAGCGAUAUAUCUGUCAAGUUGCCUGGAUUCCACAUUCCGGUUGAGGGUAUGGUGGAUGAUGAGCAUAAUGAGCUCCGAUAUGUUUUGAAGGACUCAAAGACUGGGACGGUCUACCUCGUGGUCUUGUUUACUUUGCUUCGUAACCCAGCGGAGAGUGAACAAGCCCCAUCCUCGGGAGAACCGGUCAAUGAGAUCGAUGAGACCGAUGAGGUUGAUUAG